CACUAAACGCAGCAUUAUAAACCUUUAGUAGUCAAUACCCGAAACACAGUCACUGAGAGAGAGAGAGAUGGAAGGAAGAAGACUCCUUCGCUUGCUCUUCCUCCUCUUCGCCACCGUUCUUCUGUUACUGUUUACAUUGUUAAACUUCCCUUAUCCGCCGUCCAACACGGCGGAGCUACUGGACUGCACCACAUAUUCCCCAUGGUGCACCUCCAAGAACCGCUUCCAGUCCAAAAAACCAGACCUUGUCAAAAACCCAUCAUACCCCACGCGCCACCACCACGCCGCCGACGUCCCUCACCACCCUCUUGAUCCACUCACUAUACAAGAGUUCAACAAAGUCCGCUCGAUUCUCAAAUCUUACGCGCUCUUGGAAAAUAAACCAUACGCGCUUCACUCUGUAGUCUUGGAAGAGCCAGAGAAGUCGGUGGUUCUCAAGUGGCAAAAGGGUGACCCUCUUCCGCCGAGAAAAGCCUCCGUCGUCGCACGUGCCGAAGGUGUCUCGCACGUGCUUACGGUGGACAUUGACACGAGCGAAGUAACAGGCGGCCACGAGAUGCAUCUUUCCGGCUAUCCUCCGAUGUCCAUGGAGGAUAUGACUUCCGCCACGGUGGCCCCACUAGCUAAUGCUGAUUUUAACCGUACGAUCAUCGAGCGCGGGAUUGAUUUGGUGGACCUUGCUUGUUUGCCCAUCUCCUCCGGAUGGUUUGGUAAGACAGAUGAGAAAAGGAGGUUGAUUAAGGUGCAGUGCUACUCCACGAAGGACACUGCCAAUUUCUACAUGAGACCCAUUGAAGGGCUCACUGUUCUUCUUGAUUUGGACACUAAAGAAGUGGUGGAGAUCACUGAUGAAGGGAGGAACAUACCCAUACCAAAGGCUGCCAACACAGACUAUCGUUACUCAUCCCAAAGUACCCAUCAAAAACUGAAGCUACUGAACCCUAUAUCCAUAGAACAACCCAAGGGUCCUAGUUUUACCAUAGAGGAUGAGCAUAUAGUGAAAUGGGCAAACUGGGAAUUUCACUUAAAGCCCGACCCAAGAGCUGGUGUGAUUAUUUCUCGGGCCAUGGUUCGGGACCCGGAAACUAAAGAGUUGAGGAAUGUGAUGUACAAAGGAUUGACAUCUGAGUUGUUUGUGCCAUAUAUGGAUCCGACUGAUGCAUGGUACUUUAAGACUUAUAUGGAUGCUGGCGAAUACGGGUUCGGACUUCAGGCCAUGCCCCUUGAACCGCUCAAUGAUUGUCCACGGAAUGCCUACUAUAUGGAUGGUGUAUUCCCAUCUGCCGAUGGAACACCGUACGUCCGAUCCAACAUGAUUUGUGUGUAUGAGAGCUAUGCAGGUGAUAUUGGGUGGCGACAUUCGGAGUGUCCAAUCACGGGCAUGGAGAUUAGAGAGGUACGCCCGAAAGUGACGUUGGUGGUAAGGAUGGCAGCAUCAGUCGCAAACUAUGACUAUAUUAUGGAUUGGGUGUUUCAAACAGAUGGAGUAAUCAGAAUCAAGGUUGGGCUUAGUGGUAUUUUGAUGGUGAAAGGCACCCCUUACAUGAACAUGGACGAAGUGAACCAACAAGAAAACCUCUACGGAACACUUUUGUCCGAGAAUGUUAUCGGUGUCAUCCACGACCACUACAUCACAUUCUAUCUCGACCUGGACGUCGAUGGCUCAAAUAAUUCUUUUGUAAAGGUCAAUCUCGAGAGGCAAAGAACCAAACCUGGAGAGUCGCCAAGGAGGAGCUACUUGAAAGCAGAAAGAAAUGUGGCUAAGACAGAGAAGGAUGCACAGGUUAAGUUGGGUUUGUACGACCCAUCAGAGUUCCAUGUGAUCAACCCAUCUAAAAAGACAAGGGUGGGUAACCCAGUUGGGUAUAAGGUGGUUCCUGGUGGCACUGCGGCUAGCUUGCUUAGUCAUGAUGAUCCUCCCCAAAAGAGAGGUGCUUUUACAAACAACCAAAUUUGGGUCACUCCAUAUAAUGAGACAGAGCAAUGGGCCGGUGGCUUGUUUGUUUAUCAAAAUCAAGGAGAAGACAAUCUUGCAGUAUGGUCUGAAAGGGACCGGCCGAUCGAGAACAAGGACAUUGUGUUGUGGUACACAUUAGGCUUCCAUCACAUACCAUGUCAAGAGGACUUCCCGAUCAUGCCCACUGUGUCUUCAAGCUUCGAUCUAAAACCCGUCAAUUUCUUCGAGAGCAAUCCAAUUCUGGGAAUCCCACCUAAUGUUGAGAACGAUCUGCCAAAUUGCAAUGCUGCUGCUUCAGUUUGAUAGCUAAUCAACUGUAGUUUUUUGUUGUAGAAUGUAUAUAUGUAAGCAUGGAAGAAACUGGAACUUUGGACUGUUUCUAAUUCGACGUUUUAAUAAAUAAAUGGUGAUUAUUGGCUUUCUGCUGUAAAAUUGAGAUUCUUGAUGAUGGGAGAGGUAAGUUUGCAGACUGCCAUUGUAGUUUCAAACUUAUCC